AACCUGCCAAUCAUUCUUCGAGCCGAAGCAACCGAAGCAAGCCGAGGUGUCAUACUGUCGAACUCACGAGCGGUAUUUUCUCAAUAGGACUAAAAGAUACUUUAAUAACGUGAAACUCGUUGCAAAAUGGUUAUGUGGGAAAUGCACUGUCAUCAAGACUAACAUUUAUCAUAACUUUAAAGAAUGAACAGAUCCUUAUUGCAAUUAUUACUAAUAUGGCACGUAGAUAUGAUACACGUACGACAAUUUUCUCACCAGAAGGGAGACUCUACCAAGUCGAAUAUGCUAUGGAGGCCAUAAGCCAUGCUGGUACUUGCCUAGGUAUAUUAGCGAAUGAUGGUAUUCUACUAGCAGCUGAAAAACGUAACACCAACAAGCUGUUGGAUGAAGUAUUUUUUUCUGAAAAGAUCUACAAGUUGAACGACGACAUAGUAUGUUCUGUGGCUGGCAUAACUUCAGAUGCAAAUGUUCUGACAAACGAGUUACGCCUCAUCGCACAGAGAUACCUCCUUCAGUACGGCGAGGCCAUACCCUGCGAACAGCUUGUUUCAUGGCUGUGCGAUGUUAAACAGGCGUAUACUCAGUACGGUGGAAAGAGACCUUUUGGUGUGUCUAUCUUGUACAUGGGAUGGGACAAGUACUAUGGCUAUCAGUUGUAUCAGUCGGAUCCCAGCGGAAAUUAUGGAGGCUGGAAGGCGACGUGUAUCGGAAAUAAUUCGGCAGCAGCAGUGUCGUCCUUGAAGCAAGAGUACAAAGAGGGCGAGACCACCCUGAAAGAUGCAAUGGCGCUCGCUAUCAAAGUGCUCUCUAAAACAUUAGACAUGAAUAAACUUUCUGCUGAAAAGGUGGAAAUGGCAAUACUAACGCGCGAAAAUGGUCAAACAAAAACAAAAAUUCUGCCAGCGAAUGAAGUAGAUGCCUUAAUUGCGGAACAUGACCGAUUAGAAGCACUGGCAGAGCAAGCGAAGAAAGAAAAACAGAAGUCAUAGAUUUUUAUAUAUUAGAUAAGACAGAAAAUAUAAUCUACUGUGGUGGCAAAAUUUACUGUAUCAGGAAGAAAUUAAUUUACACACAAUUCAAUUGUGUUUAUAUUACUUAUUAUAAGUUAUUUCCUUGCCUCGAAUGAAUCCUUGCGACUGAUAGCAUUGUCAUCUUCAUUACAACAGUUAUAAUAGGAUUAAAAGUUUUUCCACAAAUA